UCGAUUUUUUUUUUCAAAUUCUCACUACAAUUGUGAAUCUCAAUUAUAAUCAAACAAACAUAAUUUGACAAGGUCACAGCGAUUGUCAAGAAUAUAUACCCACCACACACACAUAUAUACAUGGCACGGGACAUUUCAAAAGAAUCCAAAAACUAUUCGAUGAAACAAGUAACAACAAGAUAUAUUUUGUUUAUUUUCAAAUUGCAAAUUCAUCAUCAUCGUCGUCAUCAUCAACUAUUUAUCAUACAUGGCUAUAUCUUGUUUGAUGAUUCAAUGAUUGACCAAUGAAGGAUUCAAUUACAUUGGAUAAAUAUUGCAUUAAAUGGAUCAAUGGUACUGCAUUAUAUCCGAAUGAUGAUCCAGAACAAGCAAAAUGUCAUAUAAAUAUUGGCCUAUUCUAUAGUGAAGUAUAUGAAAAUGUUCAUACCAACAAAACGAUGGUAUGUUCAUCGAAUAAUCAAUUAUUUUUGAUUAUAUUAAAAUAUCUUCAAUGCAGCAUCAAUUUCAUACGAUCCAGUGAAGAUUAUGGUGGCCGUUUAAUCGAUGGUCAAUGGACAGGAAUUUUACAGCAAUUUGCAAGAAAUGAAUCGGAUUUUAUUGGCCACAUAUUUGCUAUUGUGAAUGGCCGUGAAAAAGUUAUUGAUCAAACAUAUCUAAUGCCAAACAAAGAAUUGAUUUCGAUAUUUAGUUUCACAAAAUUGCCCAGAUUUUAUGAUAAUCCAUUUCGUAUAUUUGAAUGUUUUACAUUAUUCAUAUGGAUAUUGAUUGCAUUAUCAUUAUUGAUCACUGGUGCUAUAAGUUCUGUGAUUAUCAUGAAAAAUGAUCGAAGAUUAUGGUUCAUAAAAAUCAUUGCAAGCAAUAUCGAUUCAUUUUCAUUAUUAAUUGGACAAUCACAACGACAGCUAAUGUCAACAUCAUUGAUGUCUACAUCGUUAUUAUUUUGGCUAAUCGGUUCAUUCAUAUUGAGGCAAUUAUUUUCAAAUGAUUUCACUGCAAUAUUAUUAUCAAAACAAUAUAAAAAAAUUGAUCAUUUUGAUGAUCUAUUUCAAUUACCGUCAACAUAUCGUAUAAUGCUUGAACCAAAUUCAUCGACUAAAUAUUUUUUCAGCAAAUCAUUUCCAAUGUUAAUGGAUCGUGUUGAAUAUUAUUCACAUAUCGAUAUAAUCAGUAUACACAUGUUGGACAAUCUUAUUGUAGAUGAUUAUGUAUUAAUCAUCAAUACAGAACGUGCAUUAUCAUUGAAAGAAUAUUAUCCAUCCACUCAUUUUCAUGUAUCCAAUGAUGUAAUGAUACCAACAUUGAGUACAUAUGCAAUUCGUUCAACACUUGAUAAUAAGAAUCGUGAACCAUUAUUACGAUUACUAAAAUCAUUAUAUUAUUAUGGUCUAAUGAAAUAUGUUGAUCGACGAUUAUUAUUGAAUCAUUUACGUGCCGAAGCUGAAGAUGCACUUUUUCACAUCGUUUAUAAGGCUAAAAAACAACCAAAAACUGUCGUAUUAUCCGGUCAAACUAUAUUGACAUUCAUUUAUUUCUAUGUGAUUGGUAUAAUCAUCUCUUUCACAUUGUUUAUAUUUGAAAUAAUUUAUUUAAAAUUUUUACGUUCAAAAUGGGAAAUAUCAACAACAUCAGAAACAAUUGGAACAAGAAUCGUAUCUAUCUAGCCAUGACAUCAUUCAUAAACGAAGACAAAUCAUUGUCAAAAAAAAAUGUAUACAUCAACAUAAAAGCAAUGAAAAAAUGAACAAGACGAGUGACGAAGCUUGAGAAAAAAAACGAGCAUUUUUGCACAAAGACCAAAUGUAAAAUAUUUUUUCCAACCGUCAAGCAAAAUGCUUGCAAGCAUGUUUGUUCAUUUUGAUAAUGAUCAAAAUGCACUGUUAAAGUUAAACAACCAUUUUAAAAGGCGGAGCAUAGCUUACAUUUUGAAAGGUAAAAGGGUAAAAUGUCUCGAGGCCAUAAUGACCAUUCGAUUAGCUUGCAACUGAGCCAACAAUAUUAAAUUGGUUGUGACAAACAUGAUAGUUUGGAAAAUUUGUUGGCGCGAACUUAGACAAUUUCUUCUUUUUUUAAUCUUUUGUUGAUCAAUUUGAUUGUUGCUAAGUUUCUGCCGAAAAAAACGUGGUCAUGAGUCAUGGACUUAUUUUAUGGCCUAGGAUUCACUCGAUCACCACUUUUGAUCAAGGGCGAUGAUAAGGUGACUUUUACUACCAUGAACCUGCAGGGAUUAUCAUACGAGUAGCGACCUGGACACUAGGUUAUCAAGAAACAUUGUAGGGUUUUUGCAGAAGUUUUGUUAAUACACGUCAACAUUCUAUUUAAUCGACUUAAUCUUUUUAUUACUACUACUUAUUACUAUUAAUUUGACCCUGGAUAUACGCAUGGAUUUUCUAGCAGAUAGCUGUUUAUCAACGAGUGUUAUGGUCAAGUCAUAUAAAAAGCCAUGCCAAACAAGCAAUCGAUAUCAUUUUUGCUGGCUGGUCGUUAUUAUUCACCACCAUCAUUAUCAUCAACAUUUUACUAUUUUUCAACACAAUUUUUCAGAUAUGAACAAAAAAAACGAAAACAAUUUUUUGCGAUACUGUUUACAGAAUUUGUUCGUAUCGAUCGACUCCGGAAAUGAUUUGAAAUUCAUCCAGAACUACGAAAAAUAUGUUGACAAACUCGUCAAAUUCAUGAAGAAGUAUAGAUCUUACGCAACGAAACUCGACAUGUUCGACGCCGUGCAAAAAAAGGUGGAAGCUUUGAUCAACUCACCAGAAAUUUCGUCAUUGAUCAAAGAAUCAUUGAGAUCCAAAUUUGAUCAUGCGAAUGAACUUGCUGUUGGUUUUUCAGAGUCAAUACCGAGAAGAAAAUUGGACAAGAAUAAUGACAGUGUGAAAUCAAUGUAUGCCUUCCGAAGAGGCGAGAUCUCUUCGGUAAAUUGCUGCAGCAUGGAAUUUCGCAGUGUUGCAAAUUUAUAUAAACAUUUCUUCGUUGUUCAUCCGAAUUUCUAUGUCGACGACAAUAUUCCUCAAGAUGAAUCAUCCGAAAAAAAUCUAAGAAAAUCACGAUCAACACCAUCAUGUUUAGCGUCUCAAGCAAAUCAAAGAUCCAAAUCAGCUAGAAGUAUAAAGAAAAAAUCAUCACCAAUGUGUUCGACGCCGAUUGUUGAACAGAUGAAAAAUAAAACACUGAAGAAUUCUAGAAUUAAUGGCAAAAACCGAAGGAUAAAUUUGUUAUGAAGACAAUCAUGGAGAAAACUCAUUCGCUGAA